CGAAACAGGUGGCUGCCACUGUCACUCUCCGCCCUACUUUUUCCAGCUCUCUUCGCUUAUAAUCUCAAGUUCUCAACCCUUCAGUCUUCACCAUGCACUCUCUCACUCACUUACAGAUCAAGCCCUCAAUGGCAAUGUCUCUUCCAUUCUUCUUCUUCUUCUUCUUCUUUUUCUUCUGUGUCUCCUCCUCUUCUUCUUCUUCUUCUUUUUCUCUCCCUGUCCUCUCGCCCAUCACAAAGGACCAUCAGACUAACCAGUAUAGUCUCAGUCUCUGCCUCAAAACCCCUCUUAUACCCUCCAAGCUCCUUCUCGAUCUGGGCGGCUCAUUCUCAUGGGUCGACUGCCAUAAACACUAUGUGUCCUCCACCUACCACCACAUCCCCUGCAACUCCUCUCUCUGCACUCUUCUCAGCCUCAACUCUUGCGCCCAUUGCUACCGUGCGCCCUCCCCAACCUGCGCCAACGACACCUGCGCCACCACUCUCCACAACUCCGUCACCGGCAAAUCCAUCUUCCACAGCGCCCUCGUCGACGCCGCGGCUCUCCCCACCACUGACGGCCGCAACCCCGGUCGGCUCGCUCUCCUCGCCAACUUCGCAUUCGCCUGUUCCACCACCGACCUUCUCAAAGGCCUCGCCAAGGGCGUCACUGGUUCGGCCGGUCUGGGCUGGUCCGAUCUCUCGCUCCCUGUCCAGUUCAUCGCCGGUUUGUCUCUCCCGCGCGUGUUUGCGCUGUGCCUCUCCGGUUCGCCCUCCGCUCCAGGUGUCGGUUUCUACGGUUCGGCCGGGCCGUACCAUUUUCUUCCCGAAAUUGACCUCUCGAAAAAGCUUGUUUACACUCCGCUCCUCGUGAACCCCUACGGGACCGCCUUGGAUAGUAACCAUGGACGCCCCUCGGAUGAGUACUUCAUUGGCGUGACUGCAUUGAAAGUCAACGGAAACGCCGUGGACUUGAACCCAGCGCUCCUCACCGUUGAUUUGAACGGCAAUGGUGGGACCAAGAUCAGCACCGUUGCUCCCUACACCGUACUGGAGUCAUCAAUCUACGAAGCACUUACACAUGCUUUUAUUGCGGAAUCCGCUGGGCUCAACCUCACGGUGCAUUAUCCUGUGAAGCCAUUCAGGGUGUGCUUCCCUGCGGACGACGUCAUGGAGACUACCGUGGGACCGGCUGUUCCGACCGUAGAUCUGGUGAUGCAGAGCGAUGAUGUGUUCUGGAGGAUUUUUGGACGGAAUUCAAUGGUGAGGAUUUUAGAGGAGGGGGUGGAUGUGUGGUGCUUGGGGUUUGUGGAUGGUGGGGUCAGGCCAAGGACGUCCAUUGUGAUUGGUGGGCAUCAGAUGGAGGAUAAUCUACUGCAGUUUGAUCUGGGGUUGAAGAGACUAGGGUUUAGUUCUUCAGUUUUGGUCCAUCAUACCAUGUGUGCUAAUUUCAAUUUUACUUCCAACAAGAAUCUGAAAUAAUAGAAACCCUCAAUGCUCCCACUUAA